AUGACUCAAACACUAGUGAAGUGGGAAGUGUACCCGGAAGUACAAAUAUUGGAGGAAAUAAUUCGGGAGGUGUUCCAGGCGACAAGUCCAACGAGCAGCGGUAUACCACCAAAUAUUUUAGGAGGUCCAGGCGGAAUACCAGUUAAAGAUAUGCCAAAUAUGCAGAGCAGCGGUAUACCACCAAACAAUUUAGGAGGUCCAGGCGGAAUACCAGUUAACGAUAUGCCAAAUAUGCCGAGCAAUGGUGGAUUUACUUUGAAUACUUUGAGUGGGCCCUGGACCUUGGGAGAUGAACUAAACGGAAACAUUUCAACUGAUCCACAGUUUAAUAAUUUGGGAGAUGGGCAAUGUGGUCCAUGUCCGAAUGGGCAAUGCGGACCAUGUCCGAAUGGACAAUGUGUUACCAACAUACCACUGUUACCACUAAACGUAACACCAAGUAUCCCUGUGGCUGGGGUAACAGAUCCAACAUCGGGUGGUGAAGGUGGUACUCCAAAUCCAACCGAGAUACCCCUCGGAAAUCCUGCUGGUCCUCCAAACAACGUGAACCGUCCUUGUCGCCGUUACGACUUACAAUGCGUCCGCUAUUUCUUCAAGGAUCAUUCCCACUGCAAGAAGCCAUUGGGCAAAGUACCCGAACCUUACUUGCAUCCCCUUUCCAACACGUUCUUCCCAGUAUUCAACACUACGCUAACUACUGUGAACGGUUACUAUACUGGAUUCAAUAGGGGAAGGGUACAGGACCUCUAUGUUAACAGACAAACAGACAAGGUUGUCGUCACUAUAGAGUUCACCAACUUGACGAUGAGAUCGAGAGACUCAUUCCUGAGGUACCACAGAAGGGCCAGGGAACCUAUCAUCACCUACGGUUAUACCGUUGUAGAAUACCCGUCCAUUCUCCUGACCGUGACAAUACCCCAAGUGAACGACCUUCUGUUUGAAAAGUCGGACAACUUCGCCUACGCUAACGCAAUACCGAAUGUCGAUAUGGACCCUAGAUUGGGAGAAAGCUCAGAUCCAGUGGUGCCGAAUACUUUUGCCUUCAUGCGGGCAAAUUUGGCAACUUUCGCCACCGAAGCUCUUCUCACACAGUCUCAGUUCUUUUCAACGGUCUUCAUACAAAAAGUUAUUUGCGAUUUUGGCUUAAAGGUUGCUUUGGCUUGAUAUU